AUGGGAGGUGCACCGAGCAAGUCCGAGCGCUCGUCCAGUAAGCGGUACCCCGUGCUGGCCACCAGCGCAACUCCUGAGGGAGACCUGCCAGUGUUCAUGCAGCAGGUAGAGCAGAUCGAGAAGGAACGCGCCAAAUUGCCCAACCCUGGUCUGUACGAGAGCGCCCCCAAUGAGCUCAAGGGCCCCGUGAGUCCGGAUGCAUUCGACGGCUUCCGCUUCGACUUUACGCGCAUUCUAGGCCAGACCUGCUCCACGUCGCACUCGUUCCUGUUGGGCACGCCCAUGAUCCCUGGUGGACUCUACCAGUUUGGCGCUAAUGUCGUAAUGGGCGACCCCAUGGACCCGUCAACUUUCCUCAUGAGCAAGAUCACUCCGGACGGCUACCUCGACGCUCGGUGGAACCAGAAACUUUCAGAUAACUGGAAGAUGCGCGUUAAGGCACAGCUUAAGAACGAAGAGCAUGGAUCUCAGGCGCUCGCUGACUUCGACUACACUGGAGAGGACUUCACGUGGAACAUGAAGGUCUCCAACGGCCCGCUGCUCGGUGUCAGCUACCUGCAGAGUGUCACGCAGAACCUCGCUCUCGGUGGCGAGGCCUAUUACCACGGCAAGCACCGUAAGGUCAUCUCGGCUUACGCUGGCAAGUGGACUGACCGCGACUGGGUGGGCAUGGCCACGUACGGCGCUAUGGGCACGCUGCAGCUGGCGUACCUUCGCAAGGUGGGUCACCGGAUCCGCUACGGCUCUGAGCUCGUGUACAACCACUCGUCGGGUGAGGCACAGACCACGUGCGGUGUGGAAAUGGAUUUGGGUCAGACACGGUUCGUGUCCAGCGUGGACUCGACUUUCCGCGUAGCGACGAGCAUCGAGUCGCGUGUGCUGCCCAACUUUGUGCUCACGUUAUCGGCCGAGGGCUUCCCGCUCAAGGACGCCUUCAAGUUUGGCUACGGCGCGCAGCUUUCAUUCUAG